UACACUAGCGUAGCGCAAAGUCUGGCGAGGCAUCGGUACCUGGUUACACUGCAUCUUUUACACCGAUAACAAUGACAACCUCAGCCUCAACCCCGAUACACAUAGGAUUCUGCAUACGCUGCAUGAUAACAACAAUAGUUUCCACGCACGCGUCGUUUCAUUGAAACCGAGGAAGGCCCCCGCCGCGGCUUCAGCUGCCUGUCAAGCAAGCGCCUUAGCGGCGAUACGUGUGCAAUAGUAGCAUACACAUGAUUCUGCGAGCCUGUUUCCAAGGCGCCUUUGGCGCCGGCAAACUUGAUGCGGAAGAAACCUCGCAACGGGCCAGGCCGUCAAGCUCAAGCGCAUGCUCGAAAUGGCGCCGUUCGGAGCUCCCGUCAGUUCCCCUGGCAGCUCCCUUGCACACGGACGGGGUCGGCGCGUCCGCGCCCACGCGGCACCUGUCGACUGACGAGGCUGCAGGCCUGCGGUCGCAGCCUGCAGUUGACGAGACGGGCGUGGCUAUAGCACGGGCCCGUAGCCCUGCUGCGUCUGCAGCCGCAGAUGCAGACGCGUUGCCUACAUCCCCGCCUGCGGGCCCAUCUCUGUCCGCUGCUGCUCCGGCCGGGCCGCCCCCACCUGCGCCUUCAACGGCAGCUCCCAUGGCGGGCGGCGAGUUUGGAAUGGCGCCUCUGGACUCGGCCCGGCGUUCGGAAAGCAGCGCUUCCAGCGACGGCGGCGGCAGCCCGCCCGCAGGCAUCAGUUUUAUUGCCCGGAAGGAUGACGGCGGCGGCCCCGCGCGGCCGCCGACCGCGCCGGGCCCACCACACGGCGUCGUCGCUUCUCGCAACCUUGCGGGCACCUCCUCCGCCGGGGAGCCGUCCGGGGAGCACCGUGCUACCGACGACGGCGGUGGCGGAGGCGGCGGGGAGGGCAGCGGCAGCGGCGGCAGCAGCCGGCCGGGCCGGCAGGGCAAGCACGCGUCGCGUUACAAGAAGCUGACGCCCAGUGAGGUGUCUGAGUGCGCGCCGCAUGAGAUCCUGGACGGCAUCGGCCUUUCACUCCAGCGGCUCGGGCGUGGCAGCUUCGGCAUCGUCAUGUCAGGCGCUUACAGCGGCUUGCGCUGCGCCGUGAAGAUCAUGGUGACGGAGCAGCUGGACAAGUCGGCCCUGCGCGAGCUGCUGCUGGCCCCCGCCAUUAACCAUGCCAAUCUGGUCCAGACCUUCACCAGCCGCUGCGCGCGCCUCACGCACGAGUUCUUCGACCUGCUGGAGGGCGUAGGCGUGGGCGUGCAGGGCGGCGGUAGCAGCAGGGCUCCAGUGCACGACCGGAGCCGGCCGCGGGUGUUGCAGCCUAUCCCGCUUCAGUCAGGCGACGGCUUCGGCGACCCGGGCUGCAGCGUGGCGACGGCGAGCGACCCCUACCGCGUCCUCCAUGUGGUGCUCCACGACUUUAUCGCAAAGACGGAUCAGUUCCUGAUUGUCAUUGUGCAGGAGCUGUGCAACAAGGGCACGCUGCACGCCGCCAUCCGCGCGGGCGUGUUCCGCCCCAACGCCGCCAACCCGAGCUGGAACCUGCGGCUGGCGCGUCGCGCGCUGCUGCGCACAGCGCUGGAGAUGGCGCGGGGGCUGCUGCACCUGCACGAUACGGGUCUGGUGCACGGCGACUUCAAGCCGCAGAACGUGUUGCUGGACAGCAGCCGAGACGACCGCCGCGGCUUCAGCGCCAAAGUCGCCGACUUCGGGCUGUCUCACGUGCUGCCACAGCACGCAAGCAGCGUCGCCACCGACAGCUUCGGCUCGCCCGCGUACAUGGCGCCGGAGGCCUUCAGUGGCAAGGCGCCGGAGGCCUUCAGCGGCAAGGCCAGCAAGGCCACGGACGUCUACUCCUUUGGCGUGUGCCUGUGGGAGCUGCUGUGCGGCCGCACCCCCUACAGUGACGUGCGCGAAGUUCGCGACCUGGUCGCUGAGCUGGCCGCGGGCCGCGCGCCGGCGCUGGUGUGGCCGGACGGCGCGGAAAUGUCGGAUGGCAUCAUAGCAUUGGGCCGGCGCUGCAUGAGCCCACGCCCCGAGGACCGGCCCGAUUUCAAGGAGGUGGUGGAGGAGCUCAUUCAGGUUGAGCGCAUGAUUCGCGCCGAGCUGCUCGCGCCGGCCGUGGCGGCGCAAGCGGCGGCGGCUGCCGCCGUGGCGGCAUCGGCGCCCACAUCGAUAAGUUGAUCAAUGGAUAAGGCGGCGCUGCGGUCCGCCCUGUCCUGUGCUGUCCUAUUCAUGCAACCGGAUUGAAUCACAUAGGGCAUGAAUGGUGUAGGUAGGGAAGACGGCGGCAGUAGCAGUUGCACCUUCCGGAAGCAGCAGGACUGCAGCUGGCGACCAUGGGUGCGCAGCGCUGCAGGAGCUGCCAGCUGCAUGUUGGACCGGCGGAAAUACUGGGUGGUGGGUUGGGAACCGUGGGUCGAAACCACGGGUGUGUGAGGGUGCGCCCCCCAUGUCAUGACUCGUACUGAUUGGCCUAAUGCGCGUAUAAUGUACACUGCCCCUUUAUUACACUACUUACACGUGAUCCACUUUCAUGUCAACUGCUGUGGGCCAUACCUUAUUUCUGGGCACAGGUGUGAUGUGCGGGUUCUAGACAGUAGGCGUGGCGACUCCGUGACCAAAACACUCCCAUUCACGUAUUGCUGGUGUUGAGAAGUAGCGUGCGGUGGAAACGAGGGACAAUGCCUGAUUGCACCAGCCCGAUGUGACCGCGGCGGCGAACUCGAGGGCGGUUCAAAGGUACUUGCGCAUCGGAGGCAUGCAAGAACCUAAUGCGAAUGCUUGUGGCAUAUGAUGCUCGUCACAUUACUGCCGCUGGUGUUUAGGGCACUGCCAGUACUCAUGUUGGGGAAUACUACAUGAGUACUGCCCCUUUGAAUUAUGGAGUGCUGUGUUGCGCGCAUGCCCGGAAGCUGAUCGUCGUCGGCGUUCAGUAUGAUAAUAAUGAUAAUGAUUAAUAUGAUGUGUACAGGAUUGGAAAUUCCUAAACACAGUAUGCACGGGUAGGUAAGGCGAGGUUAGCAUGGGGGUAUGGGUUCUGCCGGGUUCUAGGGAAUAGCAUGGGUUCGGGCUACGGUGUUUGGUGGCAUGAGGCUUUGGGCUCGUCCUUUCUUUCUCUGCUCCUGCGAUGCGUAGUGGGUUGUGAGUGGGCAUACCUCCAGACGCUUGCGCACGUCUGCACGCAUCACUGUCGUCCGACCUGGUUGAGGCUGGUUCCGCGGUUGAAGCUGAUUCGGUUGAGGCUGGUUCGGUUAAGGCGCUGAUCGGUUGAGGCUGGUUUGGUUUAGGCCGAUUCAGUUGAGGCUGGUGUGUGAUGACGUCUGCGUGCUGCACCGUAUGCAUGUCAGGGCUCAAGGGACAUCGUAUGCGUGAAGCGAUGCGUGCACACGAGAGGAGAAAUUGAUGGGAGCUGAGAGAUGGGGCGCAUCGGUUGAUGAGCGGCCAACUUAAGAGAGGAUGCUAUGAUUACUGUGGACGGAUCGGCGCGGCGCUUUCAGAACUGCGUUCACAUGGAGUAACAGUACUUGUUGUGAGUGCAGAGAAACGCGGAGGUGGUCAGCACAUUAUUCGUCAGCACAUUAUUCGUCAGCACAUUAUUCGUCAGCACAUUAUUGUGCCACUGUGACGCGGAAAGCCCAAUACGCGUGGAGGGCGGGGACCCUGCGUGUGACUUGGCUGAGUGCCGCCUCCGGUUGACGCGAGUUUGCUGUGCAACCCUGGCGCCGUGCGUGGGUGGCUUUCCGGCGUUCGUUCACACGUUCGCUGUACGACACCGGCUGGCAUCGCUGUGUGCUGCACCGUGACACCGCUGCAUGCUGUGCAUGCACGUUGGCGGCGUGAGGCUCGGUGUGCGAUCGAGUUGGUGCCGUGUGUGUAUUGUGAUGCACGCUGCCAAACGUGCACGACAGGACUGGGUCGCGACCCGUAUGAUGGACGUGCGGUUGCUGGUUAUAGCCAUAGUUAUGCAUGGGCGGGAAGUAAGAGGGGACGGUGAAGAUGCUUCAUUCUGGAACUUGGUUGCCAUGGCAACGGCACUGCAUAUUAUGGCGACCGGUACCCACUGCGGAUAUUGCACUAGGAACUGCGUAGAUCGCGCUGUGCGCACCUGGCCCAUGGCUUUGGUUGCAGGGUUGUUAUGUUUGGCAUCGCCGAGUCUCGCAUGGUGACAAAAGCAUUUGCCACGAGACAUGACAGGGACGGCGCGUGUCAUGAUCAUGAUCUAUCUGGCUUGGGCUCGCCGUAUCACACCGACCAUGGAGCUAGGGCUUUUGCUUUCCACCGCAUGAGCGUUCCGGCAUGACAAUGCAAUAUGUGCCUGCCUGGCACUUAUCAGCGCCGCGUCUGACUGCGCAGGGCCACGGGUCAGCGGUGGCAGUGGCCGGGGCCCGGGGCGGGUGUGUGUCACUGUGUUGGUGGCGGCUGACGUGGCGAGCAGGCGUGACGCUUGGGGACAGGCGGACGAGGGGGCGGAGGCAGAGCUGGAAGUGGGGAGUUGCAGUGCGUGUAGCAGGCCAUGGCUGGCCCCGGUUGGCUGGCAAUACGAGGCGCAGAUUGUAUGUGGUGGGGUUCACGCCCAUCGGUGUUCCUCCUAGAUGUGUGGAGGCAGUACAGCCAGCACUGAGGCUAACAUCAAGUUCAGGAGCAUUAAGCGACCUCGCCCCUGGCCGUCAAUCCGGGCCCCCCUUCCAAUGCAAUCCUACCUGCUGCCUCUAAUGGAGUGACUCUGUAAUGUCAAUCGGGU